UAGGUGCGAGCAGUCAUGCCCUGCGUGCUGCGCUCAUUCUGCUUGUUCAUUUGUUCAUUCGUUCAGCCAUCCAUCACCCAAGUCUCCUGGAGGGCCUGUCCCGGCGCAGCUUUGGAAGGCUGCAGUACCAGGGUAGACUCCGUCUUGGCCUUUGAACCAGCUGGUGAAAGAGCCAGUGCACAGAUCAUUUUAAAGAAGCUUCCUCUUCACUGUGCCCAGCGGAUGUUUGCCUCGCAAACUGAGGGGGAACUCAAAGUGACCCAAAUACUCAAAGAAAAGUUUCCUGGAGCUACAGCUAUCAAAGUCACUGACAUUUCAGGAGGCUGUGGGGCGAUGUAUGAAAUCCGGAUCGAGUCAGAAGAAUUUAAGGAGAAGAGAACUGUCCAGCAGCACCAGAUGGUAAAUCAGGCACUGAAAGAAGAAAUCAAAGGGAUGCACGGAUUGCGGAUAUUUACCUCCGUCCCCAAACACUGACUGUGCCCUGGCCGCGUAGAUGCUGCUGCUCAAUGCCUUGGAUGAACUUGGCUGACACCAUACUUUCCUAGGCAUUUGCCAAAAAGUUGCCUAUUUUGUUCAUAGACAUUUCCGUUUUAUAAUCAUAGAAGAAUAUGUUCUCUAUUUAGAGUUUAAUUAAAGGCAACAGACAACUGAAA